CCACUAUUGUCUAUCGCCCUUUCUCUAAUUCCAAUUCCCCCUUCCGGGUCUCACCUCUCUUCCUAUAUAUCUACCACCUCGACGACGCACCUUCGAACCUUAUUCUUUCUCCAUCAUCAAACAAACUCUCUCUCCCAACUUCCCACUCUUCCUACAUAACCCAACAGCUCGGUUGCGUGGUCAUUGCUCCUCCCUCCUUGCUUGCCUACUAUCUACCCUUCUCUCGUCCCUUAUCCAUCACCCGCGUGUGUCUACACUUGUGUGUGUGUGCGUGUGUGUGUCUCUGGUCUAGUCCGCUCCGGGUACACUAAACCUCCCACACAACCACAACCCCACGAUUCUCCAACUACCUAAAUUCUUCCAUCAAUCACUCGGAUUAAUUUUCCCUUGCCAACUACUUCAGCAAUGGCUCCCACUCAUCGUCGUGGACCCUGGGUUCCUGAAGAGGACCAGUUGCUCCUUCAGUUGGUUCGCGAACAAGGCCCCAACAACUGGGUUCGCAUCUCUCAGCACAUGCACUACCGCUCGCCCAAGCAAUGCCGCGAGCGCUUCCACCAGAACCUCAAGCCCUCUUUGAACCGUGAGCCCAUCUCUGCUGAAGAGGGCUUGAUGAUCGAGCGGAUGGUGAACGAAAUGGGCAAGCGCUGGGCCGAGAUCGCACGACGCCUUGGAAACCGCAGCGACAAUGCGGUUAAGAACUGGUGGAACGGCAGCAUGAACCGCAAGAGAAGAGGUCUCCCUACCUCCAGCUCGCCUCACGCCGGACGCACAAUGCACGGACGGGUCGAGGCCCCAUAUGCGCGGGCCUCUCUGUCCAUGAGCAGCCCCAUCAGCCGCUCUCGCUACUCUUCCAUCUCCAACGACAGACCUCUGACUUCCUGGACCAAGUCUCCCUCAUCUCGGAGGGAUUCCUUCUCCGCUGCUUCCAUCGACUGCCCCCGCCAGUUGACCCCGAUCUACACACUUCCUGCUCUUAACCGCCCAGUGGAAACUCCUCUCACAUCGCCUGCAUUCUCCGAAGCUUCUUCCAUGGAACCUCCCUCGAUGAUCUCGGACCACAACUCCGUUUCUUCCUCCUCUCCCAGGACCAUCGCCUCGCCACAGCUUCUUCCCCUUCCGGUGGACAUGAGACAGCAAUACGGCGACUUCCGCAGGCAGAGCACUUCGGACGAUAUCUACGCCUAUCACGAUCUGUCGUUGAAGCAACGGUGGAUCUCCGAUCACCAGCAAUGGAACCAGCACACUCCGCUAUCUCCCACAUGGUCUGCUCCGAUCGAAGACAAGACGGAAGCCCCGCGCGACUCGCGGAUGGGCCUUCAGAACUUGCUCAACUAAAUGACGAUAGCUCCCAUUGCUGGAUAUGAUCACACGACCUUUUCUUCUGUCAUCGAUUUUCUAUGGGAAAUUUUAUGUACAUGACCUCCCGACCCUCGUCACUCCUUUGUUUGGCAUAAUUUCCUUUGUACUUAUAUCAUCACCUCAUGUAUAUUGUCUUUUUGGAUGGUUCGGCUCGGCUAUUUCCACUGCGGGUCACGUGGAUACGGCCCGGUUUCCUUACGGUACCAAAGAAAAGCAUUCGGGAUCUCCUUUUGUCAUAGUUAUUGUGUUCCCUUCCCUUAUUUUCUUUGUCGCUCAUCAUUUGGCUUACUGGGUAUGGGGUUAAUCAUUGUGUAUAGAGGAGAUUGAGGAGUGCUGUCCAUUGUUUUGCAUGUAUAUGGCUGGGUUUUGGAGACUUUUGGAAAGUACUGUGAGCUUGGAUCUAAUAAUACCCCAUGACUGUUGGUUGUUACAUCGCGCUAUCGACCAGAUGAUCGUUUAAUGAUACAUUAAUAAUACUUCCACUCAAAUAAC